AUUUGUUGUCGAUGCGUUGCGGAUGUGAAAAGCUAGCGUAUGCGCGUAUACCACAGCUUGAGCCAAUACGGGCGUAUGUGUAACGGUUAAUGUGCUAAAUUUGUGCUCAAUAGAUGUUUUUUUUUUUUUUUUUUAAUUUCAGAAAAUUUUGUAAAUGAUUUAAUGUACUGAAAACAUAAUAUGGUUAAACUAAAUGAAAAGGUAUGACACAUAUUUAGUGAUGUUGUAAUAAAUUAUUGCAUAUACAUACAUAUGUAUGUAAGUGUGUGAUGUGAGGGCAACGCAGACAGAAAUUGGCCAUGCACGGUGUAGUCUUGAUGUAGUUUCGGUCAGCUAUUCCCACUGCCCUUGCCAAUUUUUUAAGUGAUUUUUUGCAGUUGCUCAGUGUUGCAGUGGAAAGAAGCGUACGAAAAAAGUUAAAAGAGUUUAGAAAAGUUACCGAAAGAGUAUACGACAACUAUUUGUAUAAAAAAUUGAUAAAUCAGAGUUUUGCAUUGCAAAAUCGCUCCUAAUUCGUCUUGAAAUAAGUACUAAUUAAUUAUCACAAUUGUAUUAAUUAUAUUUGUAUAUGUAUUACUAAAGAAAUGUUGACGUAAUUUCAGUAAAUUAUAAAUCUUUCUACAAAACAGCAACAAACAUGUGUUUUCCCCGUUUUAUAUACAUUUAAUCCAUUAAGUGUCUCAAAUCGGACACAAGCGUGAGCAACCUACCCCAAGCUAUUGAGGUGACGCUCAUGCAAAAGCAACUAAGGUAACGAAGAACAUUUAACGCAGAAUAAGUACAAUAAAAUCGCAACAAUUGCAAAGAAAGAGCAGCACUAAGCGGCUUACCACACAGCGGAAACAGCAAAGAAAACUAUGUGAAAUACUUCAUUGAUUACUAAUCUAUCCACAAGGCCCUCGCUCGAUAUAUGAAGAAAUCGAGGCAAAAGCAACUGAACAUAUAAUCAUCAAGUAAAUGCACGACAGUAGCGAUCAUCAGCUCCACCACCUCCAACCACCAUCGCCGCCACCUCUUGGAUAGCAUCCACAGUGUGAUACAAAAAUACUCGCAGCACGAUUGUGUACCGAAUGGCAGGCAUCGUCUACAACGACGUCGUCAUUAUUGCUGAAGUAGCUUAACAAUUCGUCGUCGUCAGUGAACUGAGGCUGAAGUACCACAACAACUUUACGACUAAGCACACAUUUUUGUUAGUGUUGUUUUUGGUUGUUGAUUUUCGACUUUUGGCACGUUGCGGCUUUAUACCUUGGCUAGCUGCUGCCCGCCCCAUCAGUGGAGUCGACAACGCAGCGGCUGAAUUGUUUCGUCCGACUUUGUCAACAGGAACGGCGCUCCGGCGGCGCUAGUACGAAUUCAUCUACCGACGCGCGCUGUCCGUUGUAGCGGUGUUCUGUUGAAUGUGUUGUGGGCGAGUAAUACAUAUUUCUUCGCGUAGUUUAUAUACAUUAUUUUUUUGUUUUUCAAUUUCGAAUCGAACCAGCAAAGGAAGCUUAAAAUGUGUCGCGCAUGCGUUAAGAUUAGUGAAAAAUGUGAAAAGUAAAUCGGAUCCACAAGAGCAACCGAAUGCUGCUAGUUGCUAGUGUCCACUUUGUCAGUGCAGCGGUGUGAGAAAUUGCAGAAACCAGCAAGAAGAUGCAAACGAGAUUUUGGUGCGCUGAAAAAUGAUUUUGUAAUAACGAAAUUGUGAACCUGUGGACUGGUUAGCGCUAGUAAUAAAUUUUGAGAAUUCGCCAAAUUUUGCAGAAAAAUUGAAAUAAGUUGUACGCGGGUUUCAUUACAUAAUGAAUUCUGCAUAACUAAAGCUCUCCAAACAAAUAAUUGCAAUAAUAAGUACACGAGUGAGUUUAAAGAAAAAAAGUACGUGAUUAUUAAGUGUUUCGAUACGAAAUCAAAAUAUUCAAUGAUAAGAAAGUGAAAUUGUGUUCUUGACAGUGCGUGAAUUUAAAGCAACAAUAUUUUUAUAGUCAACAACAACAGCAGCAACACCAUCGCAAUGGGUACGAAAUCUCCUGGUGGACCGCAACGUUGCCGUCUGAUAUUACAACGCUGCUUGGCCAUACAGCUGAGUAAACCUGGCCAUACCCCAGAGGAUUUUUGGAUGUAUGAUUCGGGUUAUAUGAUUUUUCAAAAUUUUCUCGCCGCCAAUGCACAAUGCUGGUGGAAUGCCCCGCUCACAGCAGCGACACGCGCGCUCAAAUAUGCCGGUCAUGUGGCGCCCGGAAUGCUGCUGGUGACGGCCGAACCAUGCGCGUUGGAAGUGCUGCGAGGCGCCUAUGCACGUAGUGUGUUGAAACCCCCUGCGACAUAUGUCAUCAGCUCAGUCGGUGACAUCGAUGACUGCAUCGUAACACCGACUGUGCAAGGACAAUUCACCCCAUUGCCGGAGGCACUCUGUGAUGUCAUUAUGGACCUUACAGCUGAAGGUCAUUCGGCCACCAUAGAAAAUGUGCGCAUUAAGCUGAGUAUACGAUUUCCGCACAUGACACCUCCUGCAACCGAAGUAAUAUACGAUACAUUGGCGCAGUUGAUGCAAGAGCAGAAAAUAUAUCAGACCUCAAAAGGUUACUUCAUUUUUACGCCGGAACGUCGCCGUAGCCGUUCACGACCGCGUGCCAUACGCAACGGUUAUCAGGACUUUGAAGAAACCGACGAAAUACCUCAGGAGGCGCGAACCAUGCUUAUGACCAAUGCGGAGGCGCUUCAUUCAUUGUACGGCGAAAUCUCCACCGAACGCGAUGGUGAUCUAACACAUCAAUGCAUACAAACCAACUUGGCCGAUGUUAUUUGCGGCGGUAAUCCAAAUGAUAAAAUACUUUAUCCGCGCGCUGCUAAGAGACGUAGCGCCUCAUUUCCAACACCUCGCAGCCUAGAGAGGAGGCACAGUUUGCGUUUGUUUGGCUCCUCAAAACGGCUACAGCGGUGCGCCUCAACACGAAGUCUCUCAAAGACAUAUGCACAAACUUUAGCCACUGACAGUAGCAGCUCGGAGUACCAAAGCACAGAUUCUUCGUCACCAAAAAAAGGAUCUUUGUUGUCGCGUCUCUUCAGGCGUAGUGGGCGCGCCAAGCAACGUCAAAUUGAAACGUAUUCAGCGCAAUUUCCACCUGCCGAAUGGUUCAAUUCUCGAGCCGUGCAUCUACAUAGUGUUGGCACACAAACAGCCGAUCACGAUAUGCCGGUUGUACAUACGCUUUCGAAUUCCACUUUCUAUGACGGCUCGGAGUUAAGUCAACGCUCACUCACACUGCCACGCCGACAUCGACGACACAUGUCUAGCGACUCGACUUUUCUUAUAUCUUCCCGAGAUUGUUCGCCUAUACGACGCCGCUCACCAGUCUACAGCAGUAGUUCGCUGCCUCGUUCAACGCAAUCCAUACCGGCCACAACGAACGGUGCAACGAGCAUCACCACCGCUCCAGCACCAACGAAUAAAACCAAUCACUCCUCCGCGACGCUGUCACGCUUCUCCGCCCCAAAUCACUUAAUUACAACUACCGCUGCCACCAGCGCAGUAGCGUCCGCACAGAAAUCCUCUUCAAAGAGUGUUAUCGGCAAACACAUUUUCGAACAAUCACCCUCCCGCUCGUCAAGCACACUAAAAACACCAUCCAAACGACAAGCAGACAACAUCGCAGUGAACGGAUACGCCAGCAACUUGGACAGCGGUAAAGUGAGCUAUCGCAGCGUACAAAGUGGACCGUCAAGUUUAGAAUCGGGCAAAGCCUCUUCUAUGCUUACUUCCGGGCCAUCGAGUAUAGAUAGCGGCAAGGUGUCCUUCAGCAAAACCAGUGGUCAUUCUAGUCUUGACUCGCAGUGCUCGACCAAUACGGCAGUGGUGCAACCAAGUCCGGCAAGGUCGAUACUUGUAUUGAAUGGAUCGCCGCGCGGCACGCCCCGUCAUCAAGCCAUGCGAGCUCGUGCCGCUGAGCAGUCACAACGUCAACGUUCCUCAACCCCGUCACGAAUCCUCGAAGAAAUCACUAAUCAGCAAACGUCAUCCACUGGAAAAUCAACAGGCUCUUCUUUAGGACAAACCUUUUUCAAUGGCAUGCCCAACUCGAAUUCUAACAACUCAAUUACGCUACAGGUGACUACCUCCAAUGGCAGCCAGAGUAGCAUACCAAGUACGAAGAUAUAUGUGCAAAACUCCCCGGCGCGUAGCGUCAUAACUCUAGAGAAUGGAAAGCUAAUGGAGAACUCCAAUGUGUAUAUUAUCAAUAAUGAAACGACAACUAACGAGAAGGGAGAGAUCAUCAAGAAAACCUUAUCAAAGCAAGAAACCACACCUUUAAGAAGUCAACAACAACAAAAACUACAACCAACGAAAAAGAAUUACGCACAGUCGCAAGCACAAACGCCCAACCAGCCAACGGCAAGGCACCACCAGCAACCAGCAAAUGUACACCACAUCUACAAAGACAACUCGAUUAGCGAGAAUGAAGCCAACUCUGAAACAUGCGAUUCUAUUUCUUUUAUUAGCGAAACAUCGCCCGACAAUCUAGAUACACUCAGCUCCACCGAGGUAAUUGAUACCUCAAAAUUUACAAAAAAUAUCAACAACGAUGCCACUAUGAACAAUAGCCGAAAGUUAUGCUUACAACUACCACAAAAUGGUUCCAGUAAUAUUGUCUACAAAAACAAUGUUCUAAAAAACGAAUCCAACCCUAAUUCACCAAGUGGUGAAAAGACCCUCGCAAUGGCAGCUCUUGCAGCUAAGCAAGAUUUUGAAAUUGCCGGUUCUGUAGGUAAUUUACGUUUCUACGAAAAGAACACUAAAGACACAACACAAUCGAAGCUGAUGAACUCCAAUUGUGAUUUGAAGAACCUAAACCGUUAUGAGUCAUCGGGUAAUCUCCAGAAGACAGGUAGUGCUCUCAACUCGAGCCCAUCCAUUAAUAGUGGUGAUCUUGCGCAUAUACUGCAAAAAAAUAUGAUCGCUGUGGGUAGCGAGCCAAAUUUAGCUUUAAAGGACAAUAACUGUACCAGUGCGAGUGACAAGUCCAUCGAUAAGGAGGGACUCGAUCGCCGAUUCAGCCUGUCGAAGGACCCAAAUGGUACGGUCGCGACGACAACAGCGGGAAAUGAAGACCUCUAUAAUUUUCCAAGCCUAACAGAUUUAUCGUUCAAUUUUACCUCAUUGGCGGCGCAGAAGAUCCUGCAGGGUGUCAGCCUUAAUAGUAUCGACACGCUGGUGGAACUCAAUAUGGCUGCUGCCGCAGCAGCGAACAAAGAAAAGCAACAGAAUAAUCAGCCGACGCCGUUGUGCACCGAUUAUGGAAUGGUGUAGCCAAAUUCAAAAUAAACGAUCAACAAUAACCAGGGAUUCAACAAAACAUUUAAGAGAGCUUAGGUCAAUAGUACACUCAAUACUGUCCAAAAUUAACGCAUAGCUUAGAGGUGGAUAGAAGUUUAAUCAAUAUAAAUAAUCCUAUCGAAAUAUUAAGAAAUAAGUUUACUAUCCGCAUAUUCAAUACCGCUUACGAAAACUUACCAUUUUUACUUCCGCACUUGCUUGGUAUUGUGGCCUUUGUUGAUAAGUUAGAGCCAUUGUGACUAGCUCUCAAUUCCAGGAUUAUUUAGAGCGCUCAAACCCCAAGAAAUCCAAACUUAAACGAUGUUUCGACCAAAAACAGAAACGGCUUGAGAAUUUCUAGUUGAGAUUUUUUGUUAAGAGAAUAGCUCUAUCAAGCCGGCAGCACUAAACUGGUUAUUAGCUCUGCCACAAUUACUUUCUGUCCGACAUAUGAAGCUAACCCCCACGACACUAACCACCUCUUCACUCAUCUAACACCCUUUUCCCCUUGUUUCCUGGGCCUACCGUUAGAUGAGAUAGACGGUGACUACCUAUAACUUCAAUGCGCUUGGCAUUUCACGCAUGAAAUAAAUGUGCAAAUGUGUGUAAUAAAUCGUGCAUGAUUUUAAGGGUCUAGAUGCGGAAUGGGGAUACCUUAAAAACAGCGACGCCCUUGCUUAAAGGCCUAUGAGUAUUUGUGUCUCUACUAAUUAUAACCGAAAGUUUGAAAUAUAACUUUUCACGUCAAAUAUAUUUUUUCUUAGUGCGCAGGUGACUCAGGUUUUGAUUGUAGUUCAGCUCUUACCAUUGGUCACAUUACGGUAUUAAUUCGAAAACUUCUCGCAACAGAAAUAUGUAAAAUUAAUUGCUAUAUUUUCUUAGUAUUCCAUUUAUAUAUAUAUAUAUAUAUAUAUAUAUAUAUAUAUAAUAGUUUACUAUAUAUAUAUACAUAAUUGGCGCGUACACCCUUUUUGGGUGUUUUUUUCCGAGCUCCUCCUCCAAUUUGUGGUGUGCGUCUUGAUGUUGUUCCACAAUUGGAGGGACCUACAGUUUUAAGCCGAUUCCGAACAGCAGAUAUUUUUUAUGCUUUUUAAUGGCAGAAAUACACUCGGAGGUUUGCCAUUGCCUGCCGAGGGGCGACCGCUAUUAGAAAAAUGUUUUUCUUAAUUUUGGUGUUUCACCGAGAUUCGAACCUAUGUAUGUUCUCUCUGUGAAUUCCGAAUGGUAGUCACGCACCAACUCAUUCGGCUACGGCGGCCGUCAUUUACAUUUAUAUUAUUCAUGAAUCGAUAUUCAAUGAAUGAAGUUUAUUACCAUUAUCGACAAAAUCCGCGUAAAUUAAAUGGAGUCCUAUAGAGCCGGUGAGAAAGUGAGGUCCGGACUAUUUUGUAAUGAAUAACGUAACUGAACUAUCUACAAGUACUUUAACAUUUAUUACGUAAAAAAAACUGUAGUCGUAUGUAGCUGAAUUUAUAAUAAUACGAGUAAUAAAUAUGGUGCAUAGAUCUUUGGCAAGCGUUUGAGCUGCGCUUUUCCUCCUUAAUUUGUAAUAUACAGGAACUUACAGUUCUAAACCGCUUCCGAGCGAGAGAUGGUCUUUGUAGAAAGUUUUUUUAACGCAAAAGUUUAUUCGGAGAUUUGCCGCUGCAUUAAUUUGACAGUUCAUGUGCACGGUGAGUUUUGAAUACAGGAUUUACUGCCGGAACGACGCCCAGAAUAACGCUGACUUAAGGGGGCCCGGUGGUCUAGAAAUUUCGAGAAAUCGAUUUUUUGUUUUUCGAUAUUUCAAAAGUAUAGUAUCUUAGAAAUAUACUGUGAAAUUUUCAUGCGGAAACUCCCAAUAUUAUCUCUUCUGCAGCCCUUUAACUAGGUAGAGA